ACUCGGCACUCGGCGGCGAGCACGGAGCACCAGCACGGCAGCACCCGAGAAACCGCAAUUGAGUACGGUCGUUGUCGUUUACUUCGUCGUCUUGCCCCCGUACGCGCACGCGGUCACACUCGUCAGUCGGCUGUAGCCAGGACGCGCAACAUUCGCACGCGUGCGCUAGUCCGGUCGCUGUUUUUGCGGCGGAAAUAAUUUUUUUUUUUUAGUUUUUAGUUUUUUUUCUCCCUCUCUUUUCAUCGUUGUUUUGCAGUUCCCGCAAACAAGCGACGGCAACAAUCACAAUUAUAAUAUUAUUAUACGAACUGCGAAUAAUAAUAACAACAACUGCCGCGCGCAAUGAAUUCUGUCGGAAAACCAUCAGAGCAGUCGUUUUGCUCACACCGACGGUGUGCCGCCUCCGUCAUCGUGCGAACGGCCUCUUCCGAGUUUGGACACAACGAGUGAACGACACCAUCGUCGCCGCCAACAAAAGUCACAUGGUCUACACGCCACAACCGUCGUUAAGCAGCAGUAGUUAACACGCGGUUCAGUCUCGUCAUACUCCCUUCGUCGUCUCGUCGUCACAAAAAUAUUCGCGAUGGAUGGUAAAAUCAAGAAACUCUACAAAAUCGUACUGACCGGCGGCCCUUGUGGUGGCAAGACAACGGGACAGUCACGAUUAUGUACAUUCUUUGAGAAUUUAGGAUGGAAGGUUUAUAGAGUUCCAGAGACUGCCAAUGUUCUAUUAAGUGGAGGUAUCAAAUUUUCGGAAUUAAGUGACGACGAAGCCCAUAAAUUUCAAGAAAACCUUCUCAGAUGUAUGUUACAAAUAGAAAAUACAUUUUUUGAACUGGGGGAAUCAUGUGACCAAGACUGUUUAAUCAUUUGUGACAGAGGUGCUAUGGAUGCUGCCGCAUAUAUACCUACUAAUAAAUGGGAUCUGAUAAUGAAAGAAAAUGGUUUGAACAUGGUUGACUUGAGAGACAAUCGUUACAAUCAAAUAAUUCACAUGGUGUCAGCUGCAUGUGGGGCUGAAGACUUUUAUACAACCGAAGAUCAUACGAGCAGGAGAGAGGACGUGUCUCUUGCUAAAAGUCUAGAUGUCAAAGCGUCAGCGUCAUGGAUUGGACACCCUUACUUUGAUGUCAUUGAUAAUUCAUCAGAUUUUGAAAAUAAAAUAUGCAGAAUGAUAGCUGCAGUUUGUCAAAAAUUGGGCCUAGACACUGGUGAUCGAUUAGCAACAAACUCGAAAAAACGUAAAUGGUUAGUGAAGUAUCUGCCUAAUGAUCAGUUGUUCCCCCCAUUUCAAGAUUUUGAUGUGGUACACAAUUACUUGCAGACAUAUACUAAAAAUAUGCAAGCUCGCUUACGAAAACGAGGACAAAAAGGUCAUUGGAACUAUACACAUACGAUUCGCAGGCCUCGGGUCCGUGGUCAAGUAAUAGAAGUAAAAACACAGCUCAGUCACAGGGACUAUGUGAAUCUGUUGUCACAAAAAGAUGAAACCCACUAUCCAAUCUAUAAAAAAAGGCGAUGUUUUAUACACUACAAUCAGUAUUUCCAGCUUGACAUUUAUUGUAAACCUUGUCAUAAAAGGUGUGAAGGGUUAGUGUUACUUGAGACGUAUUCUGCUCUUGAGGACCAAGAGCUGCUUGACCGUCUACCAAAAUUCCUAGACAUUGAAGCCGAGGUUACUGGUAACGCAGCUUAUUCCAUGUUUAACUUGUCACUUGUUGAAGAUUGGGACAAAUCAAAAAAUUUUUGUCACUACUUGAAAGGACCAGACGAAGAUCUGAAUGUAGGUGAUCAUAAAACCAACCAAGUUAGUUACAUUCAUACAAACGGAAAACUAAGGAAAUAGUGACUGCUUUUAUAUUUUUAAUAUAGUAUUAAAAUUUUGUUUCUAGAUGUUUAUCAUUGUAUAAUAUUCAUUUUUUUUUUACGUUUUGUUAAGUAGUAUACAAAAUUUCCAGUUAAAAUUGUUAUUAAUAGAUUUUAAAGUUACUAAUCUAGGUACUUUAUGUAGUCUGUAACACAAAUUACUCAUACUUACAUAUAUGCAUUAUUUUUCUUUAUAUUUGCUAUAGUUUUUUCUUUAUUAUUUUAUUUUUUUUUUUUUUUUGCAGCCAGUAUAAUAUAUUAAAUUAUUACUGUAGGUAGUAAGUUAUUUAUUUAUUAUUUUUUAGAUAAAUAUUAUAAUGUAAUUAUAAGAAACUAUUUUAAAAAUAUAUCUAAAAUUCAAACUGCUUA